UAAGGAAGGUAAUGCAAUGCCCAAUGCUACGCCUUGGCGAAACUGAGGCCAUAUCGCGUGGGGCGUGUCAUACCAUGGUCCUGGAAAUACUCGAGCCGCUACACUACUACUACUACUGUUCUUAUCGUUAGCGGACCACGAUCUAGAGUUGGUAACGCGGGUAUGGAUACGAUCUUAGGUUGCAUAGCUCAGGUACAUGACCAGGAAUAAAAAUUGUUACCCAUCCCUCUUAUAUAUACCUACCUAUGCUUCCCUUUGCCAUGCCGUACUGCUGGUGGCACGCCUACUUACUUGCGUUACGCUCAUAGCUAUCGUUUGUUCAGGAGCCAUGAAGGUCUUAAGCUCUGGAGUAGUCUUCACGGCUGUGAACUUACUCGCCUCCACCAGUAGCGCAGAACCCAUCAGAAGGGCGAAAUAUGGACUCCCAUUGGUCCAAGAUAAACCUCUGGUGGACUCCGUUCUCCUAGACGACCUGCUGGGUUGCGCGCAGGACUUGGAAAAUAUAGCCUUCUCAACCUCGAGACGAAACCGAGUCCACGGCACGGAAGGCCAUCUAAACAGCGUCAACUACUUCGUCGAGCAGCUCAAGUCGUUAGGCGACUAUUACAACGUCGAGCUACAGGAGUUCACGACAGAGGUGACUCUCCAGUCCAAGGCGUCCUUGUCGAUCAAUGGUGAGACGCUCGAAGCUGGGGGUUUCUCAUUCGGCAAUAACGGGACUUGGACGGAUAAGCCAUUGGUUUCCGUGGCCAAUCUUGGAUGCAAUGCCGAAGACCAUCCAGACUCCUUAAAUGGAACCGUCGCUCUAAUCUCUCGAGGCGACUGUACCUUUGUUCAAAAGAUCACUCUCGCCGGGGAGAAAGGUGCUAUCGGCGCUAUCAUUUACAACAACGCGGCCGCUGGUCUCGCAGCCGGCACUCUUGGUGGCGUAAAUGAUCUAAUCCCAGUCGGUGGUAUCUCACGAGCAGACGGCCUACGCCUCGUCGAACAGAUCGAGAGUAACGCAGCACUGGCCUCCUCAGGCGAAUUCUGGCAGUACAUUGACAACACGACGAGCUACAACGUAGUCGCUAGCUCCAAGCAUGGUGACGCCAAUAACGUGUUGUUCCUAGGCGCGCACAGCGACUCUGUUGAGGCCGGCCCGGGCAUCAACGACAACGGCAGCGGCUCAUGCGGACUGUUGACUAUCGCUAAGCAGCUCUCACGCUGGCGCACCAAUAACCAAGUGCGCUUCGCAUGGUGGACGGCCGAGGAGGAGGGUCUGCUGGGGUCAGAGCACUAUGUCAACAUCACUGCGGCCUCAGAGCUCGACAAGGUCCGGUUAUACCUCAACUUUGACAUGAUUGCCUCGCCAAACUACGUGCUCGGCAUCUACGACGGCGACGGCAGUUCCUUCAACCUGUCUGGUCCAGCUGGGUCCGCCCAGGCCGAGAAGCUAUUUGAGGACUGGUAUAAGUCGGAAGGCCUGCCCUUCGUAGGAUCUGAAUUCAACGGGCGGAGCGACUACGGGCCUUUCCUAGACCAGGGUGUACCGUGCGGAGGCUUGGAUACCGGUGCGGAUGGUAUUAAGACCGACGAGGAGGUCGCGCUGUUCGGCGGUACGGCGGGUAUCUGGUACGACCCGAACUACCACUCGGUCCAAGACAAUGUGACGAACCUAAACCUCAAGGCCUUCGAGGCGACGGGCCGGGCCAUUGCCCAUGCAGUCGCGACGUACGGCACUAGUUGGCAAGGCUUCCCGACACGCAACGUCACGUCGUUGACCAGGAGGUCGUCGGGCUACUCGAAGAAGUUUUCGAAGUCCAAGGGUGGAAAGCGGGCCUAUUAAGAGGUUGCAACAGGACCACAGAGGGGCCGUCUUUUGGUAGAAGAUAUUCCCACUUUAAAUACAAUGGCUUACCCAUUGGCAAUUAUCAAGGACACUGCUCUAGGACAAUAACCGUAGCUGAUAUUUGGCUAAAAUAAUUUAUGAAGAGUAUACACUAUACAGUGAAGCUUAAUAUCAAACGUGCUGGAACAAUAUGCCAUCAAUGUAGGUGUUUAUUAACAUAGCGUAUAAAUCUCAAACUCGGAAAUUCACCCUAAGAGUGAGGUUACAACCGA